UUUUAUUUUUUGGGAUAAAGGGUUAAAAAGGUAUUCAUUCAUGUGAUAUUUUUCUCAUCUAUAUAAAUCAUCGUCCCCUUUGUCUCCUUCGCUCAGUCUCCUACAUCUCCUGUUCCACAACUUACGGUUGAACCAAGAUAUGGGGAAUCUCCUAUGUUGCGUGGUGGUCAAGCAAUCCGAGGUAGCGAUAAAGGAGAGGUUCGGAAAAUACAACGACGUUCUUGAUCCAGGGAUCCAAUUUGUGCCGUGGUGUUUCGGCGAUUACAUCGCCGGCUAUCUCUCUCUCCGGCUCCAGCAGCUUGACGUCCAAUGCGAAACCAAAACUAAGGAUAACGUGUUCGUGACUGUGGUUGCGUCAAUACAAUACAAAGUCUUGCCCGACAAGGCCAACGAUGCUUUUUACAAGCUCAGUAAUCCAACCGGCCAAAUCAAAGCCUAUGUCUUUGACGUAAUCAGGGCAAGUGUUCCAAAGUUGAUCUUGGACGAUGUGUUUGAGCAGAAGAACGAAAUCGCCAGAAGCGUUGAAGAAGAGCUCGACAAGGCGAUGACUGCUUACGGGUACCAGAUCCUUCAGACGCUCAUCACUGACAUCGAACCAGACCAACAGGUUAAACGCGCCAUGAACGAGAUCAACGCCGCGGCAAGGCUGAGACUGGCGGCGAACGAGAAGGCGGAGGCGGAGAAGAUAAUACAGAUAAAGAGGGCAGAGGGAGAGGCGGAGUCGAAGUACUUGUCCGGGCUGGGAAUCGCUCGGCAGAGACAGGCGAUAGUGGACGGUCUGAGGGACAGCGUUCUUGGGUUCGCCGGAAACGUGCCGGGAACUUCGGCGAGGGAUGUGUUGGAUAUGGUCCUGAUGACUCAGUACUUCGACACCAUGAAAGAGAUCGGAGCUUCUUCCAAGUCUUCAUCUGUGUUCAUUCCUCAUGGCCCUGGCGCUGUCGCUGAUGUUGCUCAGCAGAUUCGUGACGGAUUUAUGCAUGCCCAGGCUUUCUCUUCCACCACUUGACCUUUACUUCCUCCACCAUUGUUUUACUGUCUGGGUUUGUUUGUUAAAAUCCUCUCUCUCUCUCUCUCUCUCUCUCUCUCUCUCUCUCUCUCUCUCUCUCUCUCUCUCUCUCAAGUGUUGUUUGUGAUUAUUUCCUUUUAAAAAUUGUGUUAUUUGCUGGUUUACAUGUGUUGGGAUGUGUUUGAUAUACUACAUAUAUAUAUAUAUUAUAUGUAUAUAUGCAUUAUGAAGAAAACAGUUUA